AGUAGCGGCAUCUCUACCUAUUCGCAUACCUUUACCGAGUCGUUUUUGAAGCAUCCGGUUUAAAAAUGAAAGGAUUUGAUCGCACGGCCGUUGUUGCCUGUUUGAGAAGCGAGGACGGAGCUGUGGCCGCGUGAAUUUGGACGUUGUUGUCUCGGCGUCUGUCAUAUGAGUGGACCAUCCGUCGCUCCAUUCGUGAAAUUCUUCAGAGAAACACGGUUGGAUCAUUGGACGACAUCGCUGACCAACUGAUUCAUGUCAUGUCCGCAAGGCAUAAUGUGGAACAUCGUCAUACCUCUCAGCGGCCCGAGCCAGGCUUCCUGCCAGUACAUGGCGGCUUCAGGGACCACUUUGUCACGACGCCUGAGCCCAAGUACUGCUGCAAGUCCUGCAGACUAGUACUGUGUAGCCCUCGGCAGACUGAAUGUGGACAUCGCUUCUGCGAGAGCUGCAUCACAGAUCUGCUUAGUAAGCCUAACCCAGUGUGUCCAGCUGAUUUUGAACCACUCUUUUUAGAUAAGAUAUUCCGGGAUGUUUGCUGCCAUAAGGAAAUUAUGGCUCUUAAAGUCUACUGCCGGAGUGAGAAAAAUGGAUGUAAAGAACAAAUGAGUUUACAACACGUCAUGAUUCACUUGGAAGUUUGUCAAUACUUUGAGGUGCCAUGCCUUAUGGGAAAGUGUAAGGAGAAGAUGAUGAGGAAAGACAUGCCCGAGCACUUGAACAGCAAAUGCAAACACAGAGAGAUCACCUGUGAAUUUUGCAAACACAAGAUGGCCCUCACCGAGUUACAGAAACACAAAGAAACCGUCUGUCCUGCAUUUCCUGUAGCAUGUCCUAAUCACUGCUCCUUUUCUUCCAUUUUAAGAAGCGAGCUGUCCAGUCACCAGCACGACUGUCCAAAUGCCCAGGUGACCUGCCCCUUCAUUCGCUACGGAUGCUCCUACCAGGGGCUGAAUCAAGAGAUGAGGGAACAUGAGGCCAGUUUUGCCUCUGAGCACCUUAGACUGAUGACAGUCAGAAAUACCACACUAGAGGCCAAGGUUGAAGAUGUUAAGAGUGAGCUGAUGGAGCGUUAUAAGGUUUUGCCCAGCCUCAGCAGUCGUUUGGCAGAGGUAGAAACACAAUAUGAGGAGAUAAAAGAAAAGAACAGACAGCUGGAACAGAAGCUACUUGGCGUGCAGAACAUGAUGAGUACUCAUUCAGAGAAACUGCUUGAGGUUGAGAUGGAGCUACUGGAGCUUCGUCCACUGCGAGCGAUUAGGGAGGAGGUGGAAGCUCUCAGAGGGUCAGUGGAGAGCAUGCGGUCAAUUGUAUCAUCCCUGGACUCGGGCCGUGUCGGAUCCAGUUCUGGUUCUCACACCCUGGGCUCCUUAGAGCAGCAGCUCUCACGCCACGACGACACAUUGAGUGUACAUGAUAUCCGCCUGGCAGAGAUGGACCUGAAGCUGCAGCUGCUAGAGACAGCCAGCUUCAAUGGUACGCUCAUUUGGAAGAUCCGUGACUACAAACGACGGAAACAGGAAGCCGUGGCCUCCAAAACCCUCUCGCUCUACAGCCAACCCUUCUACACAGGCUACUUCGGCUACAAGAUGUGCGCCCGCGUCUAUCUAAAUGGGGACGGUAUGGGUAAAGGCACACAUCUCUCCCUCUUCUUUGUGGUCAUGCGUGGCGAAUAUGACGCCUUGUUGCCAUGGCCAUUCAAACAGAAAGUAACGUUGAUGCUAAUGGACCAGGGACCGGCACGGAAACACUUAGGUGAUGCCUUCAAACCAGACCCCAUUAGCAGUAGCUUUCGCCGACCCACUGGUGAGAUGAACAUUGCCUCUGGCUGUCCACUCUUUGUGGCUCAAACUGUCCUGGAGAAUGGAACCUACAUCAAAGAUGACACCAUUUUCAUCAAGGUGACUGUUGAUACCUCCGACUUGCCAGAUCCUUGAUUGAAAUUUUAUUGUUUCCAACUAAUACAAAGUCACACAGUCCUCCCAGCCAAGACUGUGCAGCUUCAAAGAGCUGGGCGAAGAGACGAGGAACCCUGGGCAAGUUUGGGUAUCUAACUGGAGGAUCAUGACAGUCAGGGCUGUAAGCUUGGGCUUGCGAGAUCGUGUGCUCUUCGGGAAACAAAAGGGCCUUUGCUGGGCUAGAUUGCUAAUGCCUUUAAGAGGAGGUCUAACUGAACUGUGUUUACUACACUGUUUAAGUAAAUGAGAUAUCCAGUGCCAGCCUCAUUAAGUGAGUAAAGAAACUUCAACUCUAAAUAAGCAACAGAAUUUCUAGCUAGAGAAUGGGGAGAAAUUGAAAAGAAAACUGUGUAUUGUAUUUGGUGGCCAACAACAAGUCUAACCUGAGAGGAAACUGUUUACUCUUUUGUCAUUAGCUGGGUUUCCAUAAUUUUUUUUUUGUGCAUUUUUAAACACAUUUAAAAAAAAAAAAAAAUUACUUUAGAAAAUUCGAACCUGUUGUGCAUUUCCAUACAGUGCAUAAUGCGCAGGAGGAUGCCCUUGUUGUGAUGGAGCAUGUGAAUGGCCUCCUUGCUUCGAAGAGAGUUUUAUUUGCAGAAUUGGAACAAUUGUACCAAAUGCUGCCAGGAGACGUCACAGAAUAAGUGUAAUAUCUGAUAUAAUGGGGCUGAAAUAGCUGCGAUGCCAACACGUCUCCACAUACCUUGUAGCAACUGUUCUUAAAACUGUUCUGACAGAUUGUGAGGAACCAUUUUAUCGACCAGCUGUGGGUUAAAUUCUUCCUAAAGUCAAGCGCUAUGUUCAAAGAAUUUCUUGCUAAGGUCAGACCUUCGGUGGGCCAGUCAUGCCAAGUUAUUGCAAAACAUGCACGAAUGGUCAUCAUCGUUUUGCGAAUAAACUGUUUCCAUCACCAUAAUGCACAUUUCAACUAAUGCAAAACUCUAGAACAUCAACCUCCUCCAAGCGCAUUACAUUUUAAGCAAAUGUAGAAUGUUUAUUUGCAGGUCAAGCAUUUCAUUCAGGAUUUCUUAUGCAUAUUUUCAAAAUGCGAAUAAAAAUAGUUGGAUGGAAACCCAGCUAUUGUAUUAGCCUUAAAUUAGUGUGAAUGUUUUUUGAGGCUAAUAGUCAUCUCUCUUAUAGUUGGCUAUGUCUGGAAGAUAACCCUAUAUGUUUGGUAAUCAUGACGAGUUUUGUAUUUGGAUGUAUUUAUGCAUUUUGUACAAUAUGCAAAUAAGUACUUGAGCUAACAUCUGUUGUCAGUGUUGUGUGGUGGUGUUCAGUUAAUGUUGAGAGGAGUUUUGUUUGUGCGGUUAGGGGUGGAUGUGUUUCUGUUCUGUGUAGUAGUUAUAAAGGACCCAACUAUGGAGCAUUCAUGAAGGACUAUAUUGGCACUAAACAGUGACCCUCCAAAGGGGUUCCAUUGUCAAGAAACAAAACCUCAGAUUUUUGUGCAUGUAAAAACUAUUCUUACAUGACUUAACCUUCCCUGCGUUUACCACUUUGACACAUUAUUUUUUGUAAUGUUAUAAUUAAUGGAUGCUAUGCAUCAGAAUAUAUUGUCCUUUUUUGUGUGUAUUUGUUAUUUGUAUGUUAUAUUUUAAAACAGUUUGAAAUAAUGCCUUUAUGCCUCCAGCGAUGCUGCCAGACACACAUACAAUAAUCCAGAUCAUUUUUCAUGGUAGGGAUGGUUUUUGCACAAGUAUUGUUUGAAUGUGUAAUAUGUACAAAUAUAUUAUUAAAAUUGUUGAGAAGAA